UCAACCGUUGAUUCUACCGCAUCACUUCAUCUCUAAAUGUCGGUUAUGCAAAAAACUUUUAACAAAGAUUUAUAUAACUAAACCAAGAUAGACCACAGCCUGUCGUUUACAACGGGAACAAAUGAGUCAUAGUGGGCAGAAAAAGCAAUGAUGGCAGAGCCCAGCGAGAUCCUAUCGGCGUGAACUAGCACUCAUCUGCAUAUUUCCGCCAGGGAACACCUACUCUAAAAUGCGGAUGUGCAAUAAAAAAAAAAAACAGAAGAAGAAAAUUGAAUACGUCAUUGAAAAAACAUGGCGGCAUCGUUAGUGCGUUUUGUUCGCGGAGGUUUUAGCAGGACUUUGAAUCUUGCCAAUCAAAGCCCAUGUCUCUUGCAAGCGAGAUCCGAGGCUACUGAAACAAAACCCACUGUCAGACCCAAGGAUGCGGUCACCCAUAACCAACUUGCAGCUUUUGGAGAAUAUGUGGCUGAAAUGCUUCCUAAGUAUGUGCAGCAAGUCCAGGUGACGUGUUACAAUGAGUUGGAGGUGAUGAUCCAUCCUGACGGGGUCAUCCCUGUGUUGACCUUUCUGAGAGACCACAGCAACGCUCAGUUCCGUAACAUGAUUGACCUUACCGCAGUGGACAUACCCACCCGCCAGAAUCGCUUUGAGAUUGUGUACAACCUGCUCUCCCUGCGCUACAACUCCCGGAUCCGUUUGAAGACCUACACCGAUGAGCUCACCCCAGUAGACUCCUCUGUGUCUGUCCACAACGCAGCCAACUGGUACGAGAGGGAGGUGUGGGACAUGUAUGGAGUUUUCUUCGCCAACCACCCUGACCUGAGGCGUAUUCUGACAGAUUAUGGGUUUGAGGGGCAUCCAUUUAGGAAGGACUUCCCACUGUCUGGAUUUGUGGAGGUGCGUUAUGAUGAUGAGGUGAAGCGUGUGGUGGCAGAGCCUGUGGAGCUCUCACAGGAGUUUCGGAAGUUUGACUUGAACAGCCCGUGGGAGGUGUUCCCAGCCCACCGUGAGGACAAGGCACCUGAGCUGCCAGCUGGGGAUAAGCCAGCUGACAAGUAACCAUCUACCCCAGAGAUAAAAUGCCCACACCUAUAUAUAUAUAUAUAUAUAUAUAUAUAUAUAUAUAUAUAAUGACUGUACUGUUGAUGGACCCAUGUCCCGCUUGAGCCCACUAAAGUAUUUAUGUAAAUAAAAACAAAAGGUAAACAUUUUA